GGUGAAUGGAUGCUAUGAGGCUCUCUCCGGAGGCUCCACCACUGAGGGCUUUGAGGACUUCACUGGGGGCAUCGCUGAGGUCCAUGAAUUGAGGAACGCUGGACCAAAACUCUUCAAGAUCAUCAGGAAAGCUCUGAGCAGAGGCUCCCUGCUUGGCUGCUCGAUCGAUAUCAGUAACUUAGCUGACUCUGAGGCCAUCACGUCCAGUAAGCUAGUUAGGGGUCACGCCUACUCUCUGACUGGAGCAGAACUGGUGUCGUACAGAGGAGACUCCCUGCAGCUGGUCAGUAACCCCUGGGGACAGGUGGAGUGGACCGGAGCCUGGAGCGACGGGGCUACCGAGUGGUGCAGCGGUCUAAGGCACUGCAUCUCAGUGCUAGCGAUGUCACUACAGACACCCUGGAUGUCAUUCUCAGAUUUCCUCAGUCAGUACUCUCGUCUGGAGAUCUGUAACCUUACCCCGGACACCCUCUCAGAAGAUGAGAACCAGAAUUGGGCUCUUAACAAGUUUGAAGGCGCCUGGAGGAAAGGUUCCACAGCAGGGGAAUGGACGGUGCCAAAGGAGCUGCUCCUAGUUAUCACCAAGCCCUGUAUCACCAAGCCCCGUAUCACCAAGCCCCGUAUCACCAAGCCCCGCAUCACCAAGCCCCGCAUCACCAAGCCCCGCAUCACCAAGCCCCGUAUCACCAAGCCCCGUAUCACCAAGCCCCGUAUCACCAAGCCCCGUAUCACCAAGCCCCGCAUCACCAAGCCCCGCAUCACCAAGCCCCGCAUCACCAAGCCCCGUAUCACCAAGCCCCGUAUCACCAAGCCCUGCAUCACCAAGCCCUGCAUCACCAAGCCCUGCAUCACCAAGCCCCGUAUCACCAAGCCCUGUAUCACCAAGCCACGUAUCACCAAGCCUGUAUCACCAAGCCCCGUAUCACCAAAACUACAAUAG